AUGGGGAACUCCCCUGCUUUGAUGAUCUUCCUCGCUUCUUCUCUUCUUCUUGUCUUUCAAAACCUCAAAACCGCUAACGCCGUCGGUUGUGCCGGAAGCUUCUUCAACGCUAACAGCAGCUACGUUCAGAAUCCACUUAGUAGAUUCGCCACUGAUCGUGACGAUCUCUUCUCUACUCUUCCUGAUAAAGUCGUCGCCAAUGGUGGAUUCUACAACGUUUCACUCGGAAAUAGUCCCAACAGAGCUCACGUUCUUGUCAUCUGCGCAAGAGGCUAUGAGCAACAAGCUUGUAUGAACUGUGUCCAAAGCGCGGCUCGGGGAAUAUAUAACCGCAUGGACUCUUUCACGUGGGACAAAGACGUUGAAGACAGUGUUUCUUGUCUUGUACGCUCCUCAAACCACACAACCCUCGGGAAACUCGAGCUUAGACCAGCUAUUAUAUACCCAAGUCAACUUAGCAUCGAGCCAUCUAACAACGUCACCCUUUUCGAAAAACAGUGGGACGCAAUGGUUAACCGAACCGUCGAGGCUGCCACGGAAACUGAAACUUCCUCGGUACUUAAGUACUAUGCUGCGGAAAAAGCCGAGUUCAAUGAGUAUCCAAAUGUUUACAUGCUGAUGCAAUGCACACCCGACAUAACUUCCCAAGAGUGCCAGACAUGUGUUGGGAGAAUGUGGGAUCUAUAUGAUUUCCAUGGUGCUUUUCAUAAUGUAACAAGAUCUCCUGCGCCUCCUCGACCUCAGGAAAAUGAGAGCUCUACAACAAACAAGAAAGGAAGAAGCAUAGGCUCUGGCGAAAUUAUCGCGAUAGUUGUGGUUUUUACUUUCAUUAAUCUUUUGGUGUUUAUUGGUUUCAUAAAACUCUAUGCUCGGAGGAGAAGAUCAUACAACAUGAAUUACAUAACCGAUGUUGGUAGUGCAGAGUACUCUGAUUCUGCUGGUCAAUUUAUGUUACGAUUUGAUCUUGCUAUGAUCUCAAUGGCAACCGAUGACUUCUCGUGUGAAAAUAAGCUUGGCCAAGGUGGAUUUGGUACGGUUCAUAAGGGGAGAUUACCAAACGGGCAAGAGAUAGCGGUGAAGAGACUAACAAAAGGUUCAGGACAAGGAGAUACAGAGUUUAAGAAUGAGGUUUCACUCUUGACAAGACUCCAACAUAGGAACCUUGUUAAGCUUCUUGGGUUCUGUAAUGAAAAAGAUGAAGAGAUUCUCGUCUACGAGCUUGUCCCUAAUUCAAGUCUUGAUAAUUUUAUCUUUGAUGAAGAGAAGCGUUCGCUUCUUACUUGGGAGGUGAGGUUCAGAAUUAUAGAAGGCAUUGCUCGAGGUCUACUGUAUCUUCAUGAAGACUCUCAGCUGAAGAUUAUUCACCGAGACUUGAAGGCGAGCAACAUCCUUCUAGAUGCAGAGAUGAACCCUAAAGUUGCAGACUUUGGGACCGCAAGGUUAUUCGACGCUGAUGAGACUCGUGCUGAAACAAAACGAAUAGCUGGAACUCGUGGAUACAUGGCUCCCGAAUACCUGAACCGCGGGCAAAUCUCAGCUAAGUCUGAUGUUUAUAGCUUCGGUGUUAUUCUCUUAGAGAUGAUAAGUGGUGAAAGAAACAAUAGCUUCGAAGGAGAAGGCCUUGCAGCUUUUGCAUGGAAGAGAUGGGUAGAAGGAAAGCCUGAGACUAUAAUUGAUCCUUUACUGGUAGAGGAUCCGAGAAACGAGAUUAUUAAGUUGAUUCAGAUUGGUUUAUUAUGUGUUCAAGAGAAUCCAGCAAAGAGGCCAUCCAUGAGCUCUGUAAUAGUUUGGUUUGGCAGUGAGACUAUCAUCAUUCCUUUACCUAACGCUCCUGCUUUCACUGGAAGUCUUCAGUCCCAAUCUAAAAGUAGUUCAAUGUCAAUGAGCAUUGUCUUCACGGAGUUGAGUUCUCGUUGA